AUGAGUCGAUCUGGUCCUGACAAGAGCCCCUCCCCCUCCAUUUGCCUUUGUUUUCUUUAUGCUCUCCCCCGAUCCUCCUUCCUUUCUUUUCCUUUCUUUUCACCGCCCAAACACCGGUUUUUAUCGUCGAUCACUUCUUUCAGGUCUAUGUCUUCUCGCCAGCAGCCGCCAUGGCGGCAACCGGCCUCUAGCCCGGACGCGCAACUGCCUCCAUUGAAGGUGUGGAACUCAUUGACCAAGUCCAAGACCCCCUUCGUCCCGAUCGACCCUGCGGGAAAGAAGGUUGUGUGGUACGCGUGCGGACCGACUGUUUACGACGACGCGCAUCUUGGACAUGCCCGAAACUAUGUUAGCACCGAUAUCAUUCGGCGUAUCAUGCGCGACUACUUCAAAUUCGAUGUCAACUUCGUUAUGAACAUUACAGACGUGGACGACAAGAUCAUCCUCCGCGCCAGACAACAACACCUGUUUAACGAAUUCGUCGCUGUCAACCCUACGAUUACUCCAGAGGUUCUCGACACUGUGAAGAAGGCUUUCAUCGCCUACUUGAAAAAGAAUCUACCCCUGCUCGAAUCCGAACUCCCUCCCUCGCAGUACCAGAAGGAAGUCGAAAAAACCUACGCAACUAUCUUGAACGGCGGAGCUUUGCCAGGAAACGACAAGGCAGGUGAUGAUGAGGCCAAGGUUAAGAUGCACAUCAAGACGGCGGCGUCGGCCGCAAAAGUCAUCGCGCAGGCGGAAACCCGUGAUGGUUCGAGUGCCGAUCCUGCUCUCUUUGCUGAGUCGUUUUAUUCAAACGCCCAGGAUCUCAUUCUGCCUUAUCUCGAUGCUUUGAAGGGCGCAUUGGUUGAUGCGGACAAUCACAGCAUCUUCACCAAAUUGACUAAGAAAUAUGAGGACCGCUUCACCAAGGAUAUGCGGGACCUGAACGUUCUUGAUCCCACCGAGUUGACUCGCGUGACGGAAUACGGCGAUGAGAUUGCGGCUUUCGUGGACCGAAUUGUUAAGAAUAACUUUGGAUAUGCCACAAAGGAUGGAUCAGUGUACUUUGAUAUCAAUGCCUUUGAAGCUGCAGGCCACCCGUACGCUCGCCUUGAGCCAUGGAGUCGGUCAGACAACAAAUUGGCUGCGGAGGGCGAAGGAUCUCUGGCCAGCAAAACGACAGAGAAGCGCGGUCCUUCAGACUUUGCUCUCUGGAAGUCAUCUAAGCCAGGCGAGCCGAGCUGGUCUAGUACCUGGGGCAAGGGCCGCCCUGGUUGGCACAUCGAAUGCUCAGCCAUGGCAUCAGCUCGGCUGGGCAACCAGAUGGAUAUUCACUCUGGUGGUAUUGAUCUUGCCUUCCCCCACCAUGACAAUGAGCUUGCCCAGAGUGAGGCAUACUGGCACGAUGACCACAAGCAUGAGCAAUGGGUUAACUAUUUCCUGCACAUGGGCCAUCUGUCUAUCCAAGGCUCCAAGAUGUCCAAGUCGUUGAAGAACUUUACCACCAUCAGAGAAGCGCUUGAUCGCAAAGACUGGACGCCGAGAAGUCUGCGCAUUGUUUUCCUCCUGGGUGGGUGGAAAGACGGUGUCGAAAUUACAGAUGAUCUGGUCAACACUGGCAGCUCAUGGGAGGAGAAGGUGAACAACUUUUUCCUCAAGGUGAAGGAUCCUUCGGCUCUCCAGUCGUCAGGCACUGACACCACCUUUGCUGCCGAUCUUGAAGCAACCAAGAAGGCAGUCAACGAGCAGCUCUGUGAUUCUUUCAACACUCCUGCUGUCAUGGCAUCGAUCUCAGAACUUAUUUCCAAGUUCAAUAUUGCCGACAAGGCCACCGUGCCCUCUGAGGACGUUCAAGCUGCAGCUCAGUGGGUAACCUCCAUGGUGAAUAUUUUCGGUCUCAACGGCACUGCCUCGGCCGACAGCACUGAAAUCGGCUGGUCUGGUAUUGAUAUUCCCGAGGAGGCCAAAGCCUACCUGUACCCUCUGUCGGCUAUGCGUGACACUCUCCGUGACACCGCGCGGUCUAAGGCUGGAAUCUCUGCCAAGGAUCUUGAGGCGGCAGUUGCCAAAGCAUCAGUACCUCAAGAGGCCUCUGAAUCCGCUAAGCCAUACGCUGAGCUCCUCUCCAACUUCCGUGCCAAGGUGGCGUCUUUGGAGUCAUCCGAUUCUAUUGGCAAGGAUAUUCUUGCCUUGUGUGACCGGGUGCGAGACAUCGACCUCUUCGAUGUUGGUAUUGCCCUCGAAGACCGGGAGAACCAGCCUGCCCUGGUCCGGCCUGUGACCCAAGAAAUGAUCAAGGCGCGGGAAGAGAAGGAAACCAAGGCUCUCCAGAAGCAGGCCGACAAGCUGAAGAAGGAGCAAGAAGCUCUCAAGAAGGCAGAGAAGGGCAAAUUGAGCCACCUGGAGAUGUUCCGCACCAACGAGUACAGCGCCUGGGACGAUGAAGGCUUGCCUACGCGCGAUAUUGCCGGCGAGGAGAUCACCAAGAGCCGGGCGAAGAAGCUACGCAAAGACUGGGAGCGCCAGAAGAAGGCACAUGAGGCGUGGUUGGCUACUCAGGCCAAAUAG